CAGGAGACUAGUCAAGGGCGAGUUCAUGCUCAAGCCGCUGAUUUUAAGUGCGCAGCGGAUAAACCUUUACUCUUCCUCAAAGUUUACGACGUUUCGUCACUCAUUUAUUAUGACCAGUCCUGAAGACCUCAGUAGUUCAGAAAUACAAGCUUUCAUCACCAAAGUUAAAAGUUUACCCGGUGGAACUAACAUUCAGCAAGAUGAAGCUGAGAAAGCGGCUCAUUUGUACCUCAGAGCUCGCAAGAGAGAUGUGGAGCGUGCUGUGGAAUUGUAUAAAGCUAACAAGCGAAUGCGCUAUACUGAAAAUGUAGAUUCAAUCGAUCCUUUAGAAGAUGGAGUUCGACGUGAGCUUCUAUCUGGUAAAUUUACUGUAUUACCCACUCUUCCUGAUGAUGAAAUGGAUGCGACUGUUGCUAUAUUUACAGCUUAUCGUCAUUGGCCUCCUUUAACUACACAUAGAGAUACUUUAAAAGGUGUUCUAUAUCAGUUAGAUGCAGUAAUGAUGGAUGAGCAGUCGCAAAGAAAAGGACUUGUGGUACUGUACGAUAUGCGUGAUACAAAAUAUUCCAAUUUCGAUUACCAUCUUUGCAUCAAAUUGUUGAAUUUAUUCAAAGGUGUUUAUCCAGCUCGUCUACGUAAAGUGAUUAUCAUUGAACCACCAUUUUGGUUUCGAGCUCCAUUCAAUGUACUGCGAUUAUUUGUUCGUGAAAAAAUGCGAGAUCGGAUAUACUCUGUUGGUUAUGAUGAAUUAAAUGUACAUUUGCCGAAUUCCACAUUGAAACGUUUAUUUGGUCAAUUAACAUUAAACCAACAUUUUGAUUGGCUAUUAAAUUGUUUUAAACGUACUGGUCAUUUUUCACGUAUGCCAACUGAUUAUUUUAAAUUGUCACAAUUAUCAUCAUUAAGACCAUCUGAUUCAAUUUAUUCAGCAUUACAUAAUCCUUUAUUAGGCAAUGAAUUGAUUGUUCAACUUGAUUUAUACAAUAAUAAUUAUAAUCAUGAAAAUGUCGAUGAUAAUACUGACAAAAUAAUUACUACUAAUACUAUUACUAAUGGUAGUAUUAAUAGUAAGGAUAUUUCUCUGUCUUCUAUUCAUGGAUCAUUACGUGUUCCUAUGAAAAAUCGACGAUGUUCAGAUGAUUUUUUGCAUACAACUAUCAUAACAUCUUCGUCAUCAUCAGCUAUAACGACAAUAUCCAGAUCAUCAUUAUCUUCCAUGGUUCAUGGAUCAACACAACCACAAUAUUAUAACACAAUAAAUGGAAGUAUUUCACCAUUAUCACGACUAAUAGGAGAUGCUGUUGGUUUACAAACAUCACCAUUACCACGUCGUGGAGUAUUAACUAAUAAUCGUAUGACUGAUUCAAUGUUUGAAACAUCUAUUAGUCAUAAUAAUAAAGAUUGUACAUCAUUAUCAACAUCAUCUAUGUUUCAUAAUGAUCGACGUGUAUUCUAUCGAUCUGACCGUCAUCUUUCUCAUUCCAACUCAUUUAGACACAGAACUAAUACAAUAACAACAUUAGCUAAUAAUAUCAGUAGUAUUAGUAAUGGUUCAAUAUAUUCCACUCAUUCACCUUCAUCUAAAGAUCAAUUAUAUGUUACAAAUCCUUUAUCGGAAACACGUUUGUCUGUAUCAGAAUUUAUCACUAGAGUGCAAAGUGUUGGUUCUAUUGGAUUAACUUUAGAAUUUGAUGCAUUAUUUAAAGAUAGUCCUGUGAAAGGUGCUUGUACGCGUUUUGCUCAAGCAUCAAACAAACGUCGUAACCGUUAUCUAGAUGUUCCUUGUUUAGAUUCAACUGCUGUGGAACUAUCAGACAAUACUUAUAUACAUGCAAAUUGGGUUGAUGGUUAUCAAUGUCCACGUGCAUAUAUAUUAGCUCAAGGCCCAUUAGAGAAUACAAUACGUGAAUUUUGGAUGACUGUUUGGGAGCAUAAAGUCAUCACUAUUAUAAUGCUUACCAAAGUUAUCGAAGGUCAACGUCCUAAAUGUGCAUUGUAUUGGCCAACAAGAAAUUCUUCUUCCUCCUUAUCAAAAGAUCAAUCUAUUCCCCGUAGUAGUGUUCACCCAGUGGAUACAAAAAUGACCUCAACAAUCAGUGCUACUUAUGGAGAAUUUCAAGUGACUAAUUGUGGUGAAUCUAUUGAAGCUGGUGGUUUAUACAAACGAAGUGUUUUAGAAGUGACAUGUAAAUCUUCAGUAAAUGAUGUCCAUAAUUCUACUACUCGUAUCGAUGUCAGUAGAUUGGAACGCAAUCGACAAAAAUCUAAAAUGAAUGUUCAAAAUUCUCUCAAGGAAUCCAAUGAUAAUAAUACUUUAUCAGAUAAUAAGUUAACAGUGCAUCAUUAUUUAUAUUUGGGUUGGCCGGAUUUCGAUGUUCCAGCGGAUUCAGAAGAAUUUUUGAAAUUUCUACUCACUGUUAAACAAAGUCAUAAUUCAAGAUCAAAAUUAUUAUUCUCAUCAUCACUGUCAUCGCCGUCGUCAGUAUCACCACCACCAACAACGUCAACAGGAUCGUCAAAUCACAAAACAACUUCUCAAUUUGAUUCUUUACCCCCAUUACUGGUACACUGUAGCGCUGGUAUUGGUCGUACAGGAACAUUUGUUACAACAGAUAUUUGUUUACAACAAGCAAUAAAUGAAGGUUAUCUUGAUGUACCAGAUGUGAUUAAUCGAUUAAGAUGUCAACGUGCUGGGGCUGUACAAGUUGCUAAACAAUAUGCAUUUAUUCAUCAAGCACUUGUAUCACAAUUAUCAAAACAACAAAUCAAUAAGAAUGAUGAUAACCAGUACAGUUGUGAUGGGGGUAAUAAUAAUGUUACUGUACUGUAAAUAUUCAUCCCUUCUCUAAAUCUACUCAUCUAUUAUACCUUUAUUUAUUUACUCAUUGUGAUAAACCAAAGCAAGAUUAUUAUUAUUGUGCUUUUUUUGUCGUUGUCUUUUUCUUGUAUGACCUACUAAUACCUCUCUCUUAUUGGUGUGUGCCUUUUUUCGACUUUUUUCUUCUUUAAAAAAAUUUCCUUCACCAUUUUGUGUAGUAUUUAGUGUUUUGUCUUUGGAUAGUUCAAUUUCUGUUUUGUUGUUGUGUAUUUCUUUUGUGUGUGUGUACACAUUUAUACGUAUGUUUGUUUUUUGUCACGGAGAGUUUUACUAUUAUUAUUAUUAUUAUUAUUAU